AGUCCGCGCCUGUCUCCCACCCGCGACAGUCGACGGGUUACACUUCUCAUGAAAUAUAAAUAUAUACAUUUAUAGUUGACACAUGCGGUGACGAAGAAUUCCUGUCGCUUUUGCCGAGUGUUGUUUUUUUUUCAGUGUAUACUGUGAACUUUCAGCUGUGGUUCGUACUGUGGAUUUUGAAGUGCGUUCGUAUUAUUUUUUUCGUUGGACGUUUGGAGGGAUACGUCAAAAAUGUGGCCACCAAGUCUGCUCCGGUGGAGCGCCGCCAUACUGCUGGUGUUGGCCGUGCUCACCCCCAUAUCCGACUCAUCUGGAGCGGUGCGGCGGAGACUAAGGAAGCCCACCAACAAAGUUUCCACGUCAGUCACGUCCAGCGUAUCCAGGUCUUCCGACCAGAUCAUAUCAGCUAGUGUGAACAGACCAAAGAUACGUGGUCGGCCGAGUGUGGCCAGUCGGAAGUCUUCGGCUGCUAUAGACAACUCCGUUAACACUGAAGAUCAUAAAGACAAAGAUGGGUAUAAGGUGGUAUGCUACUACACCAACUGGUCGCAGUACAGGACGAAAAUCGGCAAGUUUGUCCCCGAAGACAUCUCUCCUGACCUCUGCACCCACAUGAUCUUUGCCUUCGGAUGGCUGAAGAAGGGAAAGCUGAGCUCCUUCGAGUCCAACGAUGAGACCAAGGAUGGGAAGACGGGGCUAUAUGAUCGGAUCAACGCGCUGAAGAAAGGGAACCCCAAGUUGAAGACGCUUUUGGCUAUCGGUGGCUGGUCGUUUGGCACGCAGAAGUUCAAGGAGAUGUCGGCUACUCGCUACGCUCGGCAGACCUUCAUCUACUCCUCCAUCCCCUACCUCCGGGACAGGAACUUCGACGGACUCGACAUCGACUGGGAGUACCCCAAGGGAGGGGAUGACAAGAAGAACUAUGUGCUGCUGCUGAAGGAACUCCGAGAGGCAUUCGAGGCUGAAGCUCAGGAGGUGAAGAAGCCGCGCCUGCUGCUGACGGCAGCCGUGCCCGUCGGCCCCGACAACAUCAAGUCAGGAUACGACGUGCCCGCUGUGGCCAGCUACCUGGACUUCAUAAACCUGAUGGCCUACGACUUCCACGGCAAGUGGGAGAGGGAGACAGGACACAACGCUCCUCUGUACGCCCCGUCCACUGACUCCGAGUGGCGCAAGCAGCUGUCAGUCGACCACGCAGCCCAUCUGUGGGUCAAACUUGGAGCCCCUAAGGAGAAACUUAUUAUUGGAAUGCCGACCUAUGGACGUACCUUCACUCUGUCGAACCAGAACAACUUCAAAGUGAACUCGCCAGCCAGCGGCGGCGGCAAGGCAGGAGAAUACACCAAGGAGAGCGGAUUCUUGGCCUAUUACGAAGUGUGCGAGAUGCUCCGCAACGGCGCCACGUACGUGUGGGACGACGAGAUGAAGGUGCCCUACGCCAUCUCCGGCGACCAGUGGGUCGGCUUCGACGACGAGAAGUCCAUCCGGCAUAAGAUGAGGUGGAUCAAGGACAACGGGUUCGGCGGCGCGAUGGUGUGGACGGUGGACAUGGACGACUUCAGCGGCACCGUGUGUGGAGGCGACGUCAAGUACCCGCUCAUUGGAGCUAUGAGGGAAGAACUCCGCGGCAUCUCCCGUGGCAAAGACGCGCAGGACGUGGACUGGGCGUCGGUGGCCAACAGCGUCAUCGUUGAGGUCACAGAGAAGCCCGAACCCAUCAAAAUCAGUCUGUCCGACGUCAUCAGCCGCGCGAAGAAGCCCACCAAGACGCUGGUUAUUAAGAAUAAUAAUGCUGCCCUGGAUAAGAACAAGAGAGAGCCCCAAGUGCUUUGCUACCUGACGUCGUGGUCGUCCAAGCGGCCGAGCUCCGGGCGGUUCACCCCCGAGAACGUGGACCCCAUGCUGUGCACCCACCUCAUCUAUGCCUUCGCCACUCUGAAGGACCACAAACUGACUGAAGGAGAUGAGAAAGAUGCGGAUAUGUACGAUAAAGUGGUCGCGCUGAGAGAAAAGAACCCUAAUUUGAAAAUCCUCCUCGCCAUCGGUGGCUGGGCCUUCGGAUCGACCCCCUUCAAAGAGCUAACUUCAAACGUGUUCAGAAUGAACCAGUUUGUGUACGAAGCUAUCGAGUUCCUCAGGGACUAUCAGUUCAACGGGCUGGAUGUCGACUGGGAGUACCCGAGGGGCGCAGACGACCGAGCAGCUUUCGUGAACCUACUCAAGGAACUCCGUCUGGCCUUCGAGGGUGAAGCCAAGAGCUCCGGCCAGCCUCGUCUGCUGCUCACUGCUGCUGUACCAGCUUCGUUCGAGGCUAUUGCUGCUGGGUACGAUGUGCCGGAGAUCUCGAAGUAUUUGGACUUCAUAAACGUGAUGACGUACGACUUCCACGGGCAAUGGGAGCGCCAGGUGGGGCACAACAGCCCGCUGUUCCCGCUGGAGAGCGCCACCAGCUACCAGAAGAAACUCACUGUUGACUACUCAGCCCGCGAGUGGGUGCGCCAGGGAGCGCCCAAGGAGAAGCUCAUGAUCGGCAUGCCGACGUACGGACGCUCCUUCACGCUCAUCAACGAGACGCAGUUCGACAUCGGCGCCCCCGCUUCUGGUGGCGGCCAAGCCGGUCGCUACACCAACGAGGCGGGCUUCAUGUCGUACUACGAGAUCUGCGAGUUCCUGCGCGAGGACAACACCACGCUGGUGUGGGACAACGAGCAGAUGGUGCCCUUCGCCUACCGCGACGACCAGUGGGUCGGCUUCGACGACGAGAGGUCUUUGAAGACUAAGAUGGCAUGGCUCAAAGAAGAAGGCUUCGGCGGUAUAAUGGUCUGGUCCAUCGACAUGGAUGACUUCAGAGGCUCGUGUGGGACCGGCAAGUACCCGCUGAUCACAGCCAUGAAGCAAGAACUCAGCGGAUACAAGGUCAAGCUGGAGUUCGACGGACCCUACGAGUCUUCGAACCCUAAUGGACAGUACACUACUAAGGACCCCAACGAAGUCACUUGCGAAGAAGAAGACGGCCACAUCUCGUACCACCCCGACAAGGCUGACUGCACCAUGUACUACAUGUGCGAGGGAGAGAGGAAGCACCACAUGCCGUGCCCCUCUAACCUCGUGUUCAACCCUAACGAAAACGUUUGUGAUUGGCCAGAGAAUGUCGAGGGCUGCCAGCAUCACACGCAAGCGCCUGCCGCUAAGAGAUAAGCUAAACUUACAAAGAGUUGAUUACUUUUAGUAUUUCUGAUCACGUUUGCUUGUAAAAUGUUUGUUACCCUUUUUUAUUUGGACUUUGUCAUUGGCUUUUACAAGUUGUGUUUGGUCCGCUAAGUUGAGCAGGUUUUUUCACGUGUUGAUGUUGAAACCAGCCCCUAUGUGUAAUGUUACUACAAGUUAAAUAUUGUGGCCAAUUCUAAAUUUAAUGUUACAAUGUUAACAUUAAAUCUUAAAGAAAAUGAUAUUUACUUUUUGACCGUGCUAAAUUUAAAUGUUGUAUUAUGGCCCCAAUAUCGGCUACGUAAUCAUAUGAAAUUGUUCAUUAUUCAAGUGAUUUCUAUAGUAAUAAUAUUACCGUUUAUAUAUAUUUUAAUCUCAAUACGAUCAAUCUACGAUGUAACCUUAAUUUUGAAUUAUAAGAGAAUUGGAAUAUUGGACAUCUACGUAACGUUAAUCGGAAUGAUUAAAUCGUGUGAUAUAAUUAUGUUUUUUGUAAAUCAUCGAGUAGGAUAUUGGUAUUAACUCUUUUGUAAUUAGAUGUAUGUAAUUAACUUAUAUUUGAACACAUUUAUUUUCCCAAAGGGAAUCAAUGUUAGCCAAAAGUGCAAUCAAUGGUAAACUAAAUUGUAAACUUCGGUGACUUUUAAUGGACAAUCUUGUCUCUUUUAGUUUAGAUUUUCAAAUAUUGCUUUCCUUUGGGACGGCGUAUUUAAUAGAUUUAGGGACUUUUAUACUUGUAAUACUCAAACCAGCUACGUUCACUGCCCUAACGAAACUGCCAGAGGAUUUUUAUAAAAAAUUAAAACAAAACGAGGAAAAUAACGACAAAUGUUUGAAAUGUGACAUUAUUAUAAGUAUAGUAAAUGUAGUUUGUAAUUUAAUUAAGUUUGUAAAUACUGUAUUUAGAUACAUAAUGAGAUAUUCGACUACUAUUAAACUUUUUUAAAAGAUA